AGAAGUUGUGUUUCACUGAAGGCGCUCCGACGAAGACCAUCAUUAAUGUUCCGCUUUCCGGUUUCGGCUGCACAGGAAAAGUAAAAAGUUUGGUAAGAAGUGCUAAGAUAUUAAACAAAUGGACUCAGGUGAUUCUAAAAAGGAUGGACCUACAACUAGGAGUAGAAGCGCCAGACGGGCAACCAACACAGAUUUAUCGAGACCUCCAAUAAAAAGAACCCGGAAAAUGCGGGAAGAUGCUGAAGAUGCAGCCAGAGCUGUCAAUGGAUCCGGGGGAGCCCAAGAGUCUCACUAAGGAGGAGGAUGAUGAAUCCCCUGUUAAGAAGCAAAAGCCUGAAGAGAAGACAAGGGGUAUAAAUGAGAAAGGUGAUGGGUUAGACCAAAGGGAUAACACAGAUGUGGAGAUGGGUGAGAAUGAAGACGUUGAUCAAGAAAUGAACUCAGAUGAGGAAGCUGAGCAGGACCAGGAGUCCAGUUUGACAGGUUCCUCAGCCCAGCCUGGGACGGAAGAAACGCGUCCUGCCCAUGUAAGAAAAGAAAACAGACAAAAGCCUAUAAACUCUGUGGUCACUAAGAUACCCAAAACAGAAAAUUACAGACCAGUCGUAAAAUAUCAAGAUCCACCUAGUGUGGGUGCUGUUACAGUGGAAAAUCAACCAGUGGUGUCUAGACGGAGUUACAGGAGUAGCAUGAACUAUCAGAAUACCGUAACAGAGAAACACAAACAUCCCCCUGGUUUUGGCAGUUGGAAUAAAUGCUCACCAACUGAGCCCCAGAGGAGUUACGUCAACCCAAUAAUUAAACAUCCCAUCACAAACCAAACCACUAAUCACAAAAGCGCAGAAUUGAAGAUUUUGCAGAAACCAGUCAUCUCAAAAGCAAGUCCAGCUUCCUCCUCUAAAGGCUGGACGUGGUACAUAUGUAAGCUUCUUCGGUGGUCUCUGAUACUGAUAGGAUUACUGGCUUUUGGCUUUUUUGGCUUUUUGGCCUAUCAGAAAUUCCCCCAUUUGCCUCAAACUGAUGUGGCCCACCCAAAAACAAUGGAGAAAUUUGAUCUGGAGUUAGAAGCUCUACGGGCUCGUUUUCCCAGUCAGCACCCAGUGUUCUGGAAGAGGAGUGGGAAACAUCUUAAGAGCCACCUAGACACGGUCAUCCACACUGAACCAGUCAGCGUAAUUCUGACAGCCGGCCUUCAAGCUGAAAGGACGUUGGGCUGCCUUGCUCGAAGCUUAGCCACAGUGUACUCCGCUACCCAUAAUGCUUCAAUCUUAGAAAUCGAAGGAGCCACCAAAAGGGAAGAAGACAGUGAUCGGGUCAAGCUGGAAAUUGAUGAAGCACUUAUAAAAGCGUUUGAAGGUGAUAAACGUGCAGCUGUUAUGCACCGUUUUGAAGAGCUCCCUCCUGGAUCUUCACUCAUAUUCUAUCGUUACUGUGACCAUGAGAAUGCAGCUUACAAGAAGGUUUUCCUGGUCUUCACUGUGAUGCUUUCGGUGGAUGAAAUAGCCACGACCAAUCUAAGUGAGGUGGAGGACAUGGUGUACAACCAUAUAAAACAGAAGUUUGUCAUCUCAGAUAAAUCCACUAGGUUUAAUCAAAUGGAUGUGGAUAAACUGAGUGGACUUUGGAGCAGAAUUUCUCACCUCAUCCUCCCGGUGGCAGCAGAGGAGAAAAUUGAACGGCAGGGCUGUGAGGCAUAACCUUACGGCAAAUCAUAAGAUAGCAUCACUGUAUUGGGCUGAAUAAGUCUUUUUGUAAAGUUUUGAGUUAAAUCGAUCUAGUUCAUGGAUUUGCAGACCACAUAAAUGUACAUAAAGGAUGUUUUUUCCAAAGAGGUUUUUAAAAAAUGUGUUUAUAAAUGUUUUAUACAAAUAGUUUUGUAUUCGCCUACAUUUUGGUUCUUUGUUUCCUUUGAUAAUAUGUGUGUGUGAAGGCAGAAACUUGAUCAUAUAAUAAUAAUAAUAAUAAUGAUUAUAAUAAUGCAUUUGCCAUUAUAUAGUAAGCUUUUGGCUUACAAUAUAAAUCAGCAAAUUAAUUGUUGUACAUUCAUUCCCAAGGCCAGGUGCAGUAAUGACUGAAGAUUUGCACUGAUUUUUUAAAUUAAACUCUGUAUUGUAAGCUGGCCUCUUCUUACCAAUCAAACGUUAGUUUGGGUUUGGUGUUAUAUAUUUGUGUGACUAAAAUAAUAAUAAUUAAAAGUGAGUCUAUGUUU